GCUUUACGCACACGGUCGACCGUCGCGCGCGCCAUGCAGCCGAGGCAAGCCCGGGUGGGCAUGGUGGGAGCGGGACGGAAGAGGAGGAAAAGGAGCAGGAGCAGUCCUUCGACAAGGCAGGAGAGGAGGCGAGGAGGGAGGAGGCAGGCGAUGAGCAAGAUGGUGGGGGAGGUGAUGCGGAUGACAAUGGUUAUGGCUGCGAUUGCUCUGGUGGUGAUGGAUGGAUCUGGGCUGGUGCUAGCGGUGGAUGCGACCGGCAUUGCCGAUGGCCUCCUUCAUCCUCUGCCUCCUGUCCCGGGCAUGAUCCCGCACUAUGGCACAUCGGACGCUGCGCCGGAUACACAGAUGGCUCUAACAGAAGCGGGAGGCUCAGUUGUUGCUGUCUUCAAGUCGGCGUACUCGCUAGCCAAUGCCUCGUCGGCGUCGACUACUGCAGUCCACCUCGCAACCAGCCGCCAGCCGGCUUACGGCGAUGAUGCUGGGCCGAGCUGGCGACGGACGAUGGCGCUGCCGCUGGCCUCACCGCCGUCUCCGUCGGGCGUCUCGGCAGCGUUCCCGGUUGUUGCUCGUGGCCCUGGCGCAGAGUCUGUGGCGCUGGCAUGGCUGGAAGGCCCGUUGCUUGUGGCGUCAACAGCACAGGUCAACGCCAGCGGCAUUGUCUCGCUGGCGUCACCACAGGUGGUGGCUCCAGGUCCCCCGCCGGCACUGACGCCGGCGAUGUGUCAUGGCGCUGAGGUUGAUGCCACGCUUGUUGCCUACGCUUCGGCUGGCAACGUGUUUGUGGCAGCCUUGGGCGCAAGCAGCGGAGGAUGGUCGGCGCCAAUUGCCGCCAGUCCGGGCAUGGAAGCGUCUGGGACGUCGAACCAUGGGCCAGACGUGGCGUUUGGCGCGGCCAAUGCUACGUUUGGCGUGGCAUGGUAUGGGUCCGGAUGGGACGGGACCGACUUUGACAUCCUCUUCUCGCGAUGCUGGGUGCCCGGAGGCGAUGCCGGGCGGCUCGAGUGCCAGCCCGGCGUGGUGGUGGGCGGCUCGGCGGCGUUUGACGUUCAGCCCGUGGUGGCGACGGCUGGCAACGGCACGUGGACGGUGGCAUGGGCGUCGACUCGGACGGCGCUCGGGCCACUGAGCCUCGGAUCAGACCUGGAUCUGCUCGCGGCGGUCUCGCAUGAUAAUGGGGUGACCUGGAACGCGCCGGCGCUGGUCAACAGCUAUGCUGCGGCGGACGACAGUGGCGCGCUCGAUGCGGCGCCGAGUCUGGUGUGGAUGCCCGAGUACCCUGGCGGUGGGCAUGUUCUCGCGGCGUGGCAGUCAACAGCGGACGUGGGCGGGACCGGAACCGACUCGGACAUCAUGGUGGCGGUUUCGACUGACUGCGGUGCGUCGUGGGGCGCGGCGCAGCCGAUGUUGGCUGCCGCUGCAACCGGGGCAGCGACGACCGAUCUUGCCCUGGUGCUGAGCAGGGUGCCUGGCGUCGGGGUGCUUUCCGGCUACGAGACGACGCAACCGAGCUCGGACGCCGACACGGUGAGUGUCUUGCUGGCGUACGCCGAGUGCGGCAAUGGCGCACUUGAGCCGGGCGAAGAGUGCGAUCCGGGCUCAGCCGGGCCGUGGGGAUGCUGCUCGGCGGAGACGUGUCAGUACCUCGAUGUAGGCACACUUUGUCGGCCAGUCAACGGCUCACUACCAUGCGAUGUGGCUGAAGCGUGCGUGGUGGGGGCCGGCGGCACGGUCGUCUGCCCGGACGACGGGUACAUGGCUGCAGGCAGCGACUGCUCGUUUGCAGAGCCGUGUUACGGCGCGCCGGUGUGCGGUAGCCGCGGCGAGUGCGUCCAGUCCGGCGGGCUGACAUGUGUGUGCGGUAACGGCGUGGUCGAUGCCGACGAGGAGUGCGAUGACGGGAACACAGCCAACGGGGACUGCUGCUCGUCCGAGUGCAAGCUCGAUCCAGCCAACACGCCAUGCGACGACGGGUCGUCGUGUACCGGCCCAGACGUGUGCUCGGCGUUUGGCACAUGCACUGGUGCCAAUCUGUGCCCUCCACCGCCACCAUCGCCGCCACCGCCACCGCCAUCACCACCGCCACCACCGCCGUCGCCGCCGCCGCCGUCACCGCCACCGCCAUCUCCGUCGCCGUCACCGCCACCGUCACCGCCGUCACCGCCGCCGCCGCCGUCACCACCGCCGUCACCGCCGCCACCACCACCAUCACCGCCGGCACCACCAGCUCCAAUGGGAGACAGUUCACCACCGCCUCCUCCACCGAUGCUGUCUCCCGCGCCUCCAUUCCCUGCACCGUCGAGCGCGGGUGGGCCUGGGAGCCUGGUUGCACCUGCGCCUUUGCCACCGCUUCAGAACCCGUCCUCUGCGCUGUUUUGGGUGGUGUGGCUUCUUCUCUUGCUUGUGCUUGUUUUGCUCGGCCUGGUAGCAUACUUUGUGGCCACGCAUGUGGCGCGUAAGAACACUCGUGUGGCGCCCGAGGUGGUGACAACGCCCAAGCCUGCAGCCGAUGUGACCGUCGUAGAGGCGAGCGGCCGGUGGGCUGAGCCAUCGACAGCCGACUCAUCGUCAUCGAACGAGCUCUCGUCGGUGGCGUCUCGACUGUAUGCAACGCCUGCGCCGGCCACACCGGGGUCGAAGGCUUGGAUGCGGCGGCCAGCGUCGCUGAUGGCGUCUGCACCGUCGACGCCGUUUGGCAAGGCGCGCUGCAACACUGACGAGCAUGGCCUGAGCUCGACGUUCCCAGAAGUGAUGGCGGGCGGCGCCGACGAUGACGACGACGUGCCGCUGCGGACGGUAUUUGAGACGGCGCUGCAUCACGCACCGUCGCCCAAUUCGUCGCUUGACUUUCGGCACGGGAACACGCCCGGCGCAGCAGACGAGCCGGCGGAGGAGGUGUGGGAGAGCUUGUCGUCUGCACGAGGACCGACGUCGAGCUCGAGUGACUCGCACGGCUCGUCUCUUGCGAGGCCCGAGACGCCUGCGCGCGGAGGGGCUGCACUGGGGAGCUCACCACAGAUCGAGAGAGCGGUCGAGGUCACGCUCGUGGACGCGGUCUCGUUCCUGGUCGAGGGAUCGGUCGCGGUCGAGGGACCGGUCACGGUCGCAGGAUCGGUCGCGGUCGAGGGACCGGUCACGGUCGCAGGAUCGGUCGCGGUCGCAGGAUCGGUCAUACUCAUCGAGAUGUUACUCGCGGGAUCCGACGCGCAGCAAGUCGCGCUCGUCAGUUGGAGCUCGGGCGCGAACACCCCCGAGCUGCAGCUCACGAGCGCCGAGCAAUGCCUCGCUGACUUCGCCGAGCAAUCUGUCACGAGCAUCAAGCUCGCGGAUUCCGAGUCGGAGCAACUCGGGACGGCAGCAGACGCCGAGCCGCAGCAACUCGGGGCGGACGGGUCGAGGGCGGACGCCGAGCCGCAAUAA